AUGUUCAGACCCGUCGCCCGUCAUGCCGCAAGGCAAUUGAGCGCCUCUGCGCGCGCUGCGCCGCUCGCCCGUCGCCAGCUUCACGGCUUCGAUUACAAGGACCCAUUGGGUGCCAGCAAUCUGUUUACGGACGAGGAGCUCGCUAUAGCUGAGACGGCCGAGUCGUAUUGCCAAGAGCGCAUGCUGCCCCGCGUGCUAGAGGCCUACCGCAACGAAGACUACGACAAGAAGAUCCUGGAGGAGAUGGGCGAGCUUGGCCUGUUGGGGGCGACCAUACAGGGUUACGGAUGUGCCGGCGUCAGCAGCGUCGCGUCGGGUCUCAUUACCCGCGCCGUCGAACGCGUGGACUCGGGAUACAGAUCCGGCAUGUCGGUGCAGAGCUCGCUCGUUAUGGGCGGCAUCGAGGAGUUUGGAACACAGGAGCAGAAGGACAAGUUCUUGCCGGGCAUGGCCAAGGGCAAGAUCCUGGGAUGUUUCGGUCUGACAGAGCCCAACCAUGGCUCCGACCCUGGCUCCAUGGAGACCACGGCCAAGCCACACCCUACCAAGAAGGGAUAUUUCUCGAUCUCCGGCGCCAAAACGUGGAUCACCAAUUCUCCUAUUUCUGACGUGAUGCUCGUCUGGGCUAAGCUGGAAAGCACGGGUAAGAUCCGUGGAUUCCUGGUUGAGCGCUCUCAAUGCCCUCCCGGCACCCUGGAGACGCCUAAGAUUAGCAACAAGAAUGGCUUGAGGGCGUCAAUCACCGGCAUGAUUCAGCUCGAUGAAUGCCCUGUCCCCGAAGCCAACAUGUUCCCCGACAUCGAGGGAUUGAAGGGUCCGUUUAGCUGCCUCAACUCGGCGAGAUACGGAAUUGCCUGGGGGACCAUGGGCGCGCUGGAAGACUGCAUUGAGAGAGCCCGGACGUAUGCGCUUGAGAGAAAACAGUUCAAGGGCAACCCGCUCGCCAAGUACCAGCUGGUGCAGAAGAAGCUCGCCGACGCCACCACCGAUGCGGCGUACGGCAUUUUGGCUUCUGCUCAGGUCGGUCGCCUCAAGGAUGAGGGCAAGGCAACACCGGAGAUGAUCUCCAUGAUCAAGAGACAGAACUGUGACCGGGCUCUCGUCAACGCUAGGAUAUUGCAAGAGAUCUUCGGUGGCAACGCCGUCAGCGACGAGUACCACAUCGGCCGCCAUGUUGCGAACCUUUUCGUGACACAGACGUACGAGGGCCAGAGCGACAUUCACGCCCUCAUUCUUGGACGGGCCAUCACCGGCGUCCAAGCCUUCGUGUAG